AUGUGGGUCCUCUCCGGCCCUUUCGACGGCGAGGACGCUGAUAACCUAAGUAAAAUCAACCUUAAACUCCUCAAGACCGGCAAGGAGUAUAUCGUGGGCAGGAAAGAUCAGCCGCUGCUCAUUCGAAACAAAAAGGUCUCACAUCGCCACGCGAUUUUCAUCGUGAAAGAGUGUACUGAAGAUGAUGUGAUGAACUCCGCCUUUAAGCCCGAGCUGAUCUUAGAAGUGUUCGGAAAGCCACGCCACAUCCAACGGCCUGGUCGCAAAGAGCCUCUCACCGUCAACCCGGGCCAAAGAGCAGUGUUGAAGCAUGAUGAUUCUGUACUGAUGGUCACGGGCGUGGAAGUGAAGAUACUAUGGGAGAAUGUCUGCUGCUAUUCUCCAGCACCACGAGCCAGGCUACCCUUCUCCCUGCAAUCCUGCGCCAGCCUAGGCGUUAGUAUGGUUGUGACACCUCGGGCGGAGGUCACGCACCACCUUACUCCUACGUACACUCUAUCUCCACUAAUUGCGAUAUCUCUCAUAUCCGCCGCACAAUUUGUGAAGCCAGAAUGGCUCACAGACUUGUUGUCUCUCGGGGAAUCCAUUAAUGGAGCACCCUCAAUGCUUGAACAGAAGUUCGUCCUUCCACCGGUGACCAAAUAUCACCCUGCGUUUUCACCUAUGCUACCUGUGGCACUGAGGAGCUUUCAUGUAUGGCAACCGGAUGAAGCACGCGUGGGCAUGUUUCGUAACUAUCGGUUCAUUUUUGUGGGUGAAAAGGGAAGAGAGGCACAGGAGAUGAUGCGGGAACUGGUAAAAAGUGGUGAAGGGGAGUAUGAAUGCUGCUCUGUAGAUGGAGGCAGACGAGGUCUCCAUCAAGUACUCGCCAAAGGUAAAGGCAAGAAGAGGGCUCUGACUCUCGUCGCCGAUGAGGAUAGCAUCGUCGCCGCUGUGGGGGAUGAUCGUUGGCAGGAAUUAGAGGAGGAGGCUACGAGCUUUGAUUUGACGUUUAUACCACAUGAGAAGAUUCUGGAGGCUGUAGUUCGUGCGGAUGCGUCGUUCUUAGUGGCAAGUUCUAAACAACAAGCCUCGUCACCUCUUCCAGAUGCUAUUCCAAACACCAUUCAGGACGAGCCCACUUUUCCACCUCACCUGCCUAGGUCUGAACCACAGUCAGCACCUGCACCAGCGCCCGAGACUGGCCCUCCAAGAAGGAGGCUUCCACGGCGAGCGACGUCUCGCGCGUCAUCUCGCGCUCCUUCGCCUCCCUCGGCUGCAUCGGACGCCGCUGAGGGGCAGACGCAAGCGAUGGAACCGCCGAAACCACGCAGAACCCUAGUUCGCCGAGCGGGACGGUCUAGGGCACCCACUAUUAUUGGAAUCGAUGACCCGUCUAUGAUUCUCGACGGAGAUUCUGUGGCUGGAGGUCCAAGUGCAGGGCCUGAGGAACCUGCACCCGUUGAGCCUGAGGGACCGUCACGCACUACUGCAGCAACACCCGGUCGCUCCUCUCGACUCAAGCGCCGCGUAGGGGCAACUCAGAUGCCCCCAUCUUUACUCGGCCUAUCGGAGGAUGUCGCAAUCCCGGGCGCAGGCGAACCCCCUCUCAAAAAAUUCAAAGCGUUGUUUGAGGAGAGCGACCCCGACCGGAUCGCUCAAUCACAGCUACUGGGAUCUACCGGCGAACCGCUCGAUAGCCAGUACCCAUACGAGAAACAGAGUUUAACGCAAAGUGAGAGCGGCAUGACGCAGUUACCUGGGCGGACUCGGUUUGGGGGAGAACUGCUGAUGGCUGUGGCGGAAGAGGAGGAAGAAGAUACCACCACUGCUGAUGUCCGAUCACAGAUGUUUGGAAAGUUGACCCGGGGCGCAAAGAGGAAGAACCAGGCGGAGGAUGGCGUUGUGCAGAUGGACGAGCCUGAACCGAAACAUAAGAGGCGUGCUAUCGAAAACGUCAACGCCGUCGAGGCUACCACUUCUCAGCGUGGCACACAGAAGCCUCCAAGUACUGUCGCGAAGCCGCCGUCCAAGCCGGCAACGCAGGCGCAGAAGAUUCAGAAGACCCAUGGUCGAGCAGGUGCUGCUCCUGGAAAGCCAGAUACCGACCAGGCGUUCCUCAAAGCUGUCGCUUCCACGAAACGAGGAAAGAAAAUCGAGGACUUUUUCGAUCGGGAGUUCAAUAACCUUAAGAUCUCGAAGCCUGACUUGGAACACGACCAGCAGCAGAAGGAGUGGGAUGUACUUGACGAUUUCGGCGACGAUCACAAUCUGCGAGGCAACUUCAUGCUCAUCAUGGAAAUGGAUGUACCGGAGCACAGAGAAGGACGACAACCGCUCAGACGUGGGCGAGAAAGGAUGGAUUGGGAGGGCAGACCCGACUUCAAGAAGUUUAUGAAGAAAGUUGUCAUUGGUGAAGGAAGGCCUCUGAUCGAGUUGUUGGUGGACAACAAAGAUUACGGAAUGGAAUCUCAGCACUUAGAAGACGGAUCACAGAUGUUCUCGCAAUCCCGGUCGCGAUCUGCUGAGCAGCCGGAGGGACGAUCAUCGAAACGCAGCCAACGAAGUGGGAAGUUUGUUAUGCAGACUCAAGGAAAGGGCAAGAGCAAGGCGACGGCUCCUGCUGUGUCCGACGUGGAUUCUGGAGACGAAGAGAUCCCGCAGCCUCGGACUCGGAAGAAAACGCAGACGCAGACGCAGACUCAGAGCAAGAAGCAGCCUUUGUUCAUAGAGUCUGACGAGGAACAAAGCCAAGGCCAAGCGGUGAACGAUGAUGUUUUCGACAAGGGAUUCGACGAUGACGACGAAGAAUUGACUCUGCGGUCUAGCGGCAGUAGGACACAGACCACGAGCAAGAAACCCUCUGCUCAAGCUAGAGGCCCUAGGAAACAGACUAUCGCCCUGGAUGUGGAUUCAGAUGACGGUGCGACGUUCAAGGGAUUUGGCGCGAGGAGGCGCUAG